UCACCAACUUAGUGCCAGAUCUUUGAGGAGGGCGCAUGGUUAAUAUAAUUGGAACAGAUGGAUGGAGUAUUAAAGGGAUGCACUUAUGCGCAUGCAAAAUGUGCAUCACGUAGGAACUUGUCACUUUAUGCGCUAUUUUGCCUUUCAGGUCUUCUUGCAGGUCCCGAGUUCAAGGGAAAAGCUAAGCUCUCGCCUUGUACGUCACGAUGAAGGGAUUGUCAUCUCCGUGCUGAUUGAUCCCCUCCCUUUUGGGCGACGAACUUCAAUAUUUAUGUCAGUGGUUGGAUUGGAUGGCAUAGAGCAGAAUUAAGCUGAAUUGUGUUGUGGGAAAGAAUUCGUGUCAAGUUUUCUUCGAGGUGGUCAUACACUCUCUCGUCUGUGGUGGUGACAAGCAUGACCAUGGCAAUGUUGGAAGCCACUCCAGUUCUGGCCUUGUUGGGCUGCGGAAUCUUCGCGAGGGAUGCAUAUUUGCCCAUCCUCCAGAACAUCAGAACAUGUCUCUCUCUGCAAGUGGUGUGGAGCAGAACCCAGGCUUCCGCCGAGAGUUUGCUCUCCAAGGUCAGGGAGUUUUCACCAAAAGCUGAAGCUGAAUGGGGAGAAGAAGGUUUGGAGCGUAUCCUGUCCUCUCCUCACAUCCACUGCUGCGCUGUUGUACUGCCAAUCCUUGUACAGCCUGGGAUCGUCUUCAGAGCACUGUGCGCUGGGAAACACGUGCUUCAAGAAAAACCUAUUGCUGGAACGAUGAGUGAGGGGAUCAAAUCUUUGCGAAAUUUUACUUCUCACUUCGAAGGAUGCGAAGACAAAACUCCUAUCUGGGCUGUGGCAGAAAACUUCCGGUUUGAGCCUGCUUUUUACAAGGCUCAGAAGAUUAUCAGCAGUCUAGGUUCAGUUGUGGUGGUGCAGGUUAACAUAGAAGUGCCAAUGAAUGCCAAAAGCAAGUACUUCGAAAGCGAGUGGAGACGAGAUCCUGAUCUGAAGGGUGCUUUCAUUACGGAUUGUGGAGUACAUUUUGUUGCCGGCCUGAGAGCAAUGAUGGGAGGGAACGAUAUUGUGUCGGUUGCAGCUAUCACAACUCACAGAGAUGCCCUCGUGCCACCUCCUGACACUCUGACUGCUUUGAUGAAGUUUCGUAAUGGAUUCUCUGGUGUGAUGGUCAUAACUUACUCUUCUUCGAAUUAUAAGGCAUCUUGGCGGGUGGUCUGUUCUGAGGGUUCAGUCGAAGUGGAGAGAGGAUUCAAGGAUUCUCAGUUCGGUUACACUGUCACUUAUACUCCACUUGAGGGCAAGGGCAGUUCAGAAUUUGUUCCUUUAUAUGGUUUGGAGGCAGAGCUACGAGCCUUUGCAAGUGAUGUACAAAGAAAUAUCUUGCAGGUUGGCCUCAUACCGGACUGGAGGAGCUCACCACCUGAAGCUUUGCAAGACUUGGCAAUAAUUGAGACAUGUCUUGCAUCAGGUUCACGUAAGGACGCACCAGUUGCCAUGGGAAUACCUUUGGUGAGUGAGAGAAUGUGGACAGAGAAAUCCCAAUGAGCUUAUAUCACAUAGGAGAAAUCUUCCCCACUUGUGUCAUGCAGACGUCCUGCUACUGGAUUAACCAACCUCGAACCGCUGGAGUAAUCAUCGAUGGCCCAUCGACGAUGGGUCAACCGUUCUUGAAGUCGACGACAAGCAUUUAGACAGCCAAGGAAUAAGAUAGCCACAGCCCUGGCCUCAUUGUAACGAGCCACCUUGUUGAAGUGUUGAGGAAAGAAUCUUGGCGUACACAGAGUGAUAGGAAGUCACCAGGAGCCCGAAAUGUUUCCGGGCUGCAAAACUACGCAGCCAAUCGAGCGGAAUUGGUAAGUGGAAGAUGGGACAAGACUACGAAUGUCUUGACACCAGUACUUGCAUAAAGCUUCUGCCGGCCCCAUCGGGCAGAGGCUGUUUUGUCCAUAGUCAAUGACAUUGACGUGUGACAAUAAGGUAAAUCGACGCACAUAUAUUUUUCCUCGUAUGUGCGUCCAUUCACUGGAGUUGCGAGGUCUUUUCAACCUGAGCACGCUUAGAGUGCAAAUUUGAGAUGAUUAGCACAAUGCGGUGUCCAACAAGUGGAUACAAGUUCAUCUUGUAAACAGAAAAUGUCUAUGGAGUCAAGUGGACUGUAGAAUUCUGACAUUGAGCAGAAUGAUGAUUUAUGUAAAUGUAAUCGUUUCUUGAUUUUAUUACAAGAAGUGGAGAUGGGAGUUGUGA